AUGUCGCGCUUGUCUGCAGGGUUUGCCGACUUCUUCCCAACCGCGCCGUCUGUUCUACAGUCACGAAAAUCCAGAAUAUCCGAGAAUCGUACACGAAGCAGAUCACAGUCAGAGACUAGCAACGGACUUGCGCAACCAGUCGCUGUUGCCACCAAGAACGCCUUAUUAACGCAUGGCAAAGACGAGGAUGAUAUGCGUGCGCUCCUCCUACAGAACGAUGCAUCUGCUAAAAAUAUCAAUCGUUCUACAACCUUGAUCUCUGUGGACUCUGACCUCUCCGCCCAUGCCAUUGCGACUGAAUUGCCUACAAUGAAUGGAAAUGGGUCGCUACAACAAACUUCAGUUACACAGUCGCCAUCGCAAUCUUUGUCGCGUAAUGCUAACAGCCUACAUGAGGACCAGCCGAGCUCGUCCCGCUCCGCCAUCGAUAUCAAGCAUAAUGAGCCUGUAGGUAAUAGCCCGGCUCCAGGUCGCUCUGAUGUUACAGCAGAAACCUCCUCAUCUGGGAUACGCGCUUCUCUACCAUGCGAACUAAAAGGCCGUAAGGUAACUUACGAUCCAGAAUUGGAUAGAAAACUUGGCACGAAGGAUAAAAGGAAGAAGCUCGAGUAUUCAGACUUCGUCCAAACCGACAGAUUCCAAGUUCCGGCUGACCCGCGUCUUUCCAUUGCCAACUAUACACGCGGUUCGGCUAAUGCGCAGAAAGUACGGCUGAGAUCAACGCCUUAUUCAGUACGACACUGGCCCUUCGAUGCCGCAACGUCUAUCGGUCGAGCUGCCACUUCCCAACUAGUCGUCACCGGAUUUGAUCCUCUCACACCGAUCGCUCCAAUAACUGCAUUGUUUUCAAGCUUCGGAGAGGUUGCUCAUAUUGAUAAUCGCACAGAUCCAGUCACCGGACGGCCCCUCGGCAUUUGUCUUGUUAAAUUCAAGGAUGCCACUUCCUUCCAGAAUCAAGGGCCAUUAUCGGCUUCAGCUGCCGCGAGACGUGCUUACUAUGAGUGCAAAAAGGAACAACGUAUCGGUACACGACGCAUUAGAGCAGAUCUCGAUCGCGAUGGACUUUUGUGUCAGAGACUGGUGGACAAAGCUGUUGAGUCCUGGCGUAAAAGCAACCCACCGUCGCUAGACUCCGGCCAUCGUGAUACUCCUCCAAAAAACAACGAGCCUCCCCCUACCGCUCCAAAGGGGCCUUCUGGGCGCUCAUCAGUACGGCCAGCUUUUAACCCACCAGAAGGUCCCAAGGCUGCUUCGAAACCCGUUGUGUCACCAGCCAUUGAAGAAACGCCUAUUCUGCAACAAAUCAAACGAGACCCUUAUAUAUUCAUCGCUCAUUGUUAUGUCCCAGUCCUAGGAUCCACAUUGCCUCACCUACAAAAACGAUUAAGAACGUUUGACUGGAAAGCCGUUCGAUGCGAUAAAACUGGGUAUUAUAUCAUCUUUGAGAAUUCCAGACGCGGUGAAGAAGAAACCAUGAGGUGUUACAAAAUGUGCCACAUGACGCCUCUAUUCACUUACAUUAUGAACAUGGAAAGUCAGCCUUAUGGAAAUCCAAACUAUGAGCGCAGUCCGAGUCCUGAAAGAUUGCAGGCGGAGCUGAAAGCUCGGGCUGAAGAGAAGAGGGUGCUCAGAGAAGCUGAAUUGGAGAUUGAGGAAGAGAAACAGCAACGUGCUAGCAGCCUGGACCCCUCAAAAGAAGUCCUUAGUAUUGUUAUACACGAACUGAAGACAAAACUUCUUGAAGAUGUCAAGUUUCGCAUCGCCGCUCCCUUUCUUUACGAAUACCUUGAUCCAGAGAGACACUCGGAAAGAAGGAAGGCUUUGGGCAUUCAGGACCCGGAGACACGUAAAUCUAAUCCAUUUCAGCUUGGAUUACCGAGCAACUCAUUGCAUUCCCGUCCGCUCGACCUCCUUGCUCUUCCCCGCAUUCGUAAGUCAUAUCACGACCAAGUCAAUGGUACAAAUUAUCUGGAUGAAAGACGUGGGCAUAUACGACGACGAAGAGAUGUACGACCGCUCCAUCAUCGUCUUCGUCAUCUUCAUGCAGCUGGAGACUCGGAUGAUGACAUGCGGACACCUAUGUCACGGGACACAGACGAACUUGGAAGCAGGUCGCCUAGUCAGAUGAGCUUCGACACGUCUGUUUCAGAUACCGAGGAUGAAGCCUACAAUAUAUACGCCUCGCGAAGUCCUUCUGAAGACCCCGAGGCUACCGACUAUGUCAAUACAGCAGAUGUUGACAGUGAACCGCAUGACGAGCUAAUGUUUCAGCAAGUUGACCCUAAUCUGUCUAAGAAAAGAAAGAGAACUUUUGAGGACGGUCUUGAUUCCCGAAAGCGACAUAAGGAUGACUAUGAUAUUACUGGCAUCGAUGCAAUUACUCUUGAUGUUGACGUUCCUCCUGGUUCCUUUGAUACCGUUUGUACCGAUGACGACUUGAUUCUACGGUCUGCAGAAAUUAGUCUUGAAGCAGAGACCAAUAUAUACUCAAAACCAGAAGUCAAUUUUGAGGUUUCGUUUGAUCAACCACGACCUAGCGUCUUGGACGAUGACGCGCUCGUUUUGGACCUGGAUGGCUGGCAGACACUCAUCAAGGACGAUGAGGAUCUCGAUUUUCUCAGAGAUAUCAUGUCAGAUACAUUACCGUCAAAGGUUGGUGAUAUCACCAUUUGGGCCUGGAAGCAGCGAGAAGCUAAGCUUCUGAAUCGGUUCGGGGAAACGGGCCCGGUUUUCACCCCAACGACUAUCCCUGGAUAUUUUGUCCCCAAUUCAACAGGCUCGGCUCGAACGGAAGGCAAGAAGAGAAUCUUUGAAGCAGAGAAAUCAAAGUAUCUACCUCACCGAAUAAAAGUACAGAAAGCCAGAGAGGAAAGAGAGGCAUUGGCUCAAAGCGAUCCUCAGUCCGUGCUUGUCGACUCUGCAAAGGCUGGCCCAACAAAGCCAGUAAACAAUUCUACAUCUAGAUCCACCAGGGUUCAGAAUCGCCGACUUGCAGCUGAUAUCAACGCACAGAAACAAGUCCUCCCGCCUCAGGGUGGCGAUGGCGAUGCAUUACGCUUCAAUCAGCUCAAGAAGCGUAAAAAACCUGUUAGAUUUGCCCGCUCGGCUAUUCACAACUGGGGAUUGUAUGCCGAGGAAAAUAUUACAGCCAAUGAUAUGAUCAUUGAAUACGUGGGCGAGAAAGUCCGACAACAAGUGGCAGAUAUGAGAGAGCGAAGAUACCUGAAGAGUGGAAUAGGAAGCAGUUACCUUUUCCGAAUUGAUGAAAAUGCGGUCAUUGAUGCUACAAAGCGCGGUGGUAUUGCCAGGUUCAUCAACCAUAGCUGCACCCCCAACUGUACGGCAAAGAUCAUUCGGGUAGACGGUAGCAAGCGAAUUGUGAUUUAUGCAUUGCGAGACAUCAGCAAAGAUGAGGAACUCACAUACGAUUACAAGUUUGAAAGAGAGUGGGAUAGCGAAGACAGGAUACCCUGCUUGUGUGGAUCAGCAGGUUGCAAAGGAUUCCUUAAUUAA